CAAAUGUUCAUAAAUGACCAGCAUGGUCGAAUAAUAAGGCAGAACAGUUGAAACUGCGUCACUGGCGAUCCCCAUUCUGUCACAGACCCUGUAAUGGCUACAUAAUAGAUUCACAGAUGUCACACCUUUCCAUCUCUAAUGAGCAAGCCAGACAAGAUAUGAUCUUUCCUCUUAAAUAGGAACUUGUUUCCCAUAAUGAAAACAUCAACAAUAAUUGCCAAUUGAGGCCCUAAAGGAGAAUUGAAAUCAUUUAUUUAUUUUAUUAGCUAGUAUGAACCAUUUUGGAGUGAAAUUACAUUCGUUUUUUUUUAUAGGGAAGACAACCCUCUCUGGGGAAGACUUUGUAGGUGUGACUUCCGGAAAAUGUUCCGUCCUCAAUGUUCCGGUGAAACGCAGCGUUUUACUUCCGGUCGUUCCAGUCACAUGAAGUUCUCUGCUGGUAGACAUGCACUGAUUAAAAACACACACAAAAAAACUAUGACUUCGUCUGUUAACGGAAGAGUAUUGGAUGAAGAUAUGGACAAUCAAAUUGUACAGGCUGUGUGUGUAGAGGAUGGGAUAGGGGUGGUGUCGGGGUCGAUCGGGAUGUCAGACUUCUCCGAUGAGAUCUUGUUAAGUAUCCUGUGCUAUGUCUCGACCUCUGACCUUGUGAAUAACGUUUCCCGGACCUGCCGCAAGCUACACACGCUCUGCUAUGACAAGACACUGCUGACCACGGUCACACUGUCUGAAGAAUACACGGCAGAUGACGGCGCUAUUCGCCAGGUGCUGAAGCAUCUAUCCAAUCACGUGCAGUCCCUCAGCCUUAGCGGCUGCUAUUGGCUGUCGGGUUCAACCAUCGACCGCCUGAUUCGCUGUCGCUCCCUGGUGCGUCUGGACCUAUCAGGUUGUCGCGUCACCUCCCUGCGUCUGUCCCGCCUCCUCUCAUCCCUCCCCCUCCUCCGAUCUCUCGCUUUUGACGUAUCGCCUGGCUUCGAUUCCGCCCAGCUGAGUGGGGAGGCCCGUGAUUCGCUGUCUCGGCUGUCGGAGCUGAGACAGACGGUCCUGACGCCGAGUUACGGGGUCGUUCCCUGCUGCUCCAGCCUCUUCAGUCUGCAGCUGCAGCUGGACAUACUUGACGUCACCAGGGAGGGUACCAGUAUGUGUUGCCAGUUGAUGAUGGGUCAGAGCAGUGUUCCUCACUACCAACAGCUGGAGGAGUUUACUGCCUGUCUGGCACCUGGAGAGGUGAACCAGACUCUACUCCUCCUCUACCUCGCUGUGUUCAGUGUUCGUGUUCCGGAGCGUCUCCGCUCCUUCCUGGUUUCAGUUCCUGGUCCGAACCCCGCCCACUGGCCUGCUGCGUCCUCAUUGGCCCAUAGCCUCGUUCAGCAUGGCGACCUGGAAGCCCUGCAGUUGCCUCGCUCCUGGUUGGACGCCACGUCGCUAGGACGGGUCCUUCUUAGCAACGCUCCCAAGCACUUGAACUUCUCCCGUUGCCCCACGUUACGACAAACUGUCAUCCAAUCGCUGACUGGCACUGGAGUGAGAGACUCAACGCGAUUGGUCAGCCUGAAUCUUAGUGGUAUAGGCCACACCUCCAAUUAUCCAGAGUGCAGUAGAGCGCGGGGAGAGGAGGAGCUUGUUGCCGAGGCGAUGAGCCGGUUGGUUAUUUGCUGUCCCAAUCUGUCACACCUCAACCUGUUACACACACACUAUCACCAUGACAACGCACACACACCUGGGCUGGAGGCCAACACACACCUGUGUACCAGCCUGUCCAAACUCACACACCUCCGGUCUCUGGCGCUGCCCGCGUGCGCCCUGUCGGACGGUUCACACACACCGUCCCCUUCCCCCUCCCCCUCCUCUCUGCUGCUGGGACUGAGGAAGCCGUCCCGCGUGGGGCUCCAGACCUACAGGCCAGGCUCCGGGGACUCUCUCCCCAGGGAGGGCACCUCUGGGCUGGGUACCCUGCUGGCCGGCUGCCCCUGUCUGGAGGUUCUGGAGAUAACAGGACCGGGCUUCAUCUCUGCCCUGCCGCGUCUUGAGCCCUGUGCCAGGGUGUGUGUGGAUCAGAGGACGUGUGUGAACGCUCGCGGGGUGGGGGACGCGCACGUUGCGGCUCUCCGGGGUUCCGGGGCUGCGGAGGCUGACGCUGGCGGGGCUGCCGGGGUCCUGAAGGGGACUGGGCUGGUACAGGUGGCUGAGCACUGCCGGGACCUUCAGGCAUUAUCUCUGGCCAACCUGGGGUCCUUAAAGACCUGGAACUACAGCGCCGCCCUGCUGGACACACUGAGGAACUGCACCCAGCUCACACAGCUACGGUUGGAGCAGCCCUACCUGGUGUGUAACGGUGCAUUCUGGGAGGCGUUGUCAUGCUGUUCUCGUCUCCGCCGCCUCUGUCUCAUCUCGCGGAACGGAACCUUCCACCCCGCUGCCGUGGUUACCUUCAUGGAGUGUUGCCGUGACGUCAUGGUGUGUCACAUGUUCUUGGGCGGAACUCUGGUGGCGUGUCGGACGCUACAGAAAACACUGCUAGACCGGUUCUCUGUGGAGCGUCCGGCCCUCAGUGUGGUCAUCUACCCUCUGCUCCAUGAAGACCUUCCAUUGGUCAUCAGAGACAUGCCCCUCCCACUGCUCGAUCAACUGACCCUCUUCCAAAGCCGCGUUGCCCAGGCCCCGCCCUCGUCACAAUUGGGACACCAGAGAGCAAAGAGGCAACUAGCCAAUCAGAGCCCCUCAUCACCAUGGUGAUGCCAGAGAGUGAAGAAGCAUCUAGCCAAUCACAGCCCCUCAGAUUAGAGGUCUUCACGGGUUCAAAAAGUUGGACCUGUUCCGAACUGGACCUGGGGCUGUCCCACCCGGACCCGAAGUGCAUCAAUUAUUCUGUUUAAUAUAGAGACUGAGGACAACUAGACCCGUUCCAUAUCGACAUGGUUGGAUCCAGACCCGAUCUGAGUGAGAAAAAAAGAAAAGUCAUAUUUUUUAAACUACUUUAUUUAUCGAAGACGAUGAAGUGUGAGAGGAGGGAGAGAGACGUGCCUCUAGCAGGGAGGGAGAGAGAGAGACGUGCCUCUAGCAGGGAGGGAGAGAGACGUGCCUCUAGCAG